GGCCGUCGUCAAUGAUGUAUAUUGGAUAUAUAAUAUUAUUUUUUAUUGCAUGGUUUGAAUUUGGAAAGUGUCAGAAGAAGAAUGUACUAUUCUUUGCUUCCGAUGAUAUGCGACCAGAACUGGGUAUUUUUUAUGGACCUGAUUUUCCCUCACCGGUACAUCCUAAGAUAUACUCUCCGAACUUGGACAGUCUAGCUAAGAAGAGUUUGCUUUUGAAAAGAGCGUAUGUACAACAAGCAGUAUGUUCACCAAGUAGGACGUCUUUAUUAACUGGUCGACGUCCCGACACAACGCACGUUUACGAUCUCGUUCACUACUUCAGAAAUGUUGGUGGAAAUUACACGACCAUACCUGAAUUUUUCAAAAAUAAUGGAUACAGUAGUAUUGGUAUGGGAAAAAUAUUCCACCCAGGAAUAGGGUCUGGUUUUGAUGAUCCUGUUUCCUGGACAGAACCCUACUAUCACGCUCCGGAUGAGCGAUACAGAUCAACUCUGUUCAGCUGGAGAGCUGUUCCAAAGUCCGAAUAUGACAUACGCCCACUCCCAGACAUGCAGAUAGCACAACAUGCUAUAGAAACAUUACAGAAGGUUGCACCAGCUGCAAAAACUGGACAACAAAAUUUCUUCGUAGCUGUUGGAUUUCACAAACCUCAUCUUCCAUUUGUGUUCCCUGAAGAAUACCUAGCAUUGUAUCCAAUGGAUAGUAUCAGACUACCAGAUAAUCAGUUUGCUCCUGUCAAUAUGCCAGACGUGGCAUGGAGUAACUAUAUCACAACUGAGUUGAACGCGUAUCAUGACAUUCAAAAAUUAAAUGCCUCUGGUGAUAUAAACACAACAUUGCCGGAUCAGGUGGUCAUGGAUCUCCGCCGUGCAUAUUACAGUUCUGUUUCUUACACCGAUAAUCUGCUAGGAAAGGUGAUGGCGGAAUUAGAUCGUCUAGAGCUUACUACUUCAACGAUAGUAUCAUUUUGGGGAGACCAUGGGUGGCAACUGGGAGAACAUGGAGAAUGGUGUAAACAUACAAACUUUGAAGAUGCUGUCCACGCCCCGAUGAUGAUUCAUGUCCCAGGGGUAACGGAUAAUGGAAUUGUUACUGAACAGCUAACAGAAUAUGUUGAUCUGUUUCCGACAUUAGUGGAAGCAGCAGGAUUUGAGCCAUUGGAACUAUGUCCUGAAGACUCCACUCAUACAAGUUUGUGUAGGGAAGGGAACAGUUUGGUGCCUCUAAUGACAAACCAAUCGCGCGAAUGGAAAUCAUCAGUAUUUUCACAGUAUCCACGUAAUAACUAUACUGUUAUGGGUUACACAAUUCGAACUGACUUAUAUAGAUAUACAGAAUGGGUUAGAUUUUCGGGAUCUCCAGCAUACAAGCCGAAUUGGUCGAUACUUUUUGGAGUGGAACUUUAUGAUCACUCAAUAGAUUCAGAAGAAAAUGUCAAUCGCGCUGAUUUUUCUCAGUACAGAGAAAUAAAGACAAAUCUUAGUUACCAAUUGAGACGAGGUUGGAGGUACAGUCAACCU